AUCAUCGUUCCACCGAGGGUUCCCUCACAUCAACCAUUCCAUCCAUAUUGGUGCUGCUGUACGGCAUAGCCUGCGACUUCUCCACUUGUCCAUUCUCCAGUAAUCAGCGUCGAGCAAUCAUCCAAAACCAGUCUCGUUGACGACUCAGGACCCUUGCGCGAGUAGUGGUUAGCCACGAUCACCAUCGCAGCCUGCCGACGACACUUUCCACGAGCCUCGGAGCAACUUAUUCCGCAUUUCGUCGGACAGGUUUGGAAGAGAUGCAGAGCGCUGGCGUGGGAGCACCACCAGGAGGACCACCGCCACCCGGGCCGCCAGGCGGACCUGGAAUCCCUCGCGCCUCCACCGAUGACGGAGACAACCGUUCACGAAACGCCAAAGCCCAGCGCCGCCACCGCGAAAAGCGCAAGGCACACUUCAAGGCCCUCGAGGAGCAGGUGCAAAUUCUAAAUGCGCAGCUCGAAGAUGCGCGGCGACAACUAGCGGCUGCCCAGUACGCCAACAACGCUCGUCUCGCCUACUCGCCCGACGACAAAGGGAUGCAACAACUAGUGUCCGAGAAUGCCUACCUCCGCGAAGAGAACGCCGACCUGCGCCGCCAGGUCUACUCUUUGCGAGACCCCAAUGCAGAGCCAUCGAGUGCCAGCUCGUCGUAUCCACCACCUCUCUAUCAGUUUGGGUCUGUGGUCGGGGACGACUUUCGCGGAGCAGACCCCUCUCGCCACCAGCCGCCCAGAGGGUCGAGCUCAAGCUCCUCCAGAGGUCGCUUGAUGUCAUCGUCUUCGGUAAGUCAUGAUAGUUGUUAUUGCAGUUGUUUGGAUUAACGUCAAGGCGCCCUCGGCUUCGCCGUACGUGACAUCAGCUCCCUUCCCG